CAUUGUUUGUCUUUUGAUAAUGUUAAUGAAUUCCCAUAAGUAAAUAUUUUUAUACAUCUUUUGGACACAAAAAAAUUUUUAAGGUGUUUAUAACAAAAGUCAGUUUUUCUUUUGCUUUAGAAAUUUUGUUUAUUUAGAUUAUCACUAUGAUUCUGAGAAACAUAAUUUUUAAACAAGACAGAAGCAAUUACUUUUACUCUAAAGUAUCUUGCAUAAUUCUAAUGAACCUAAAUGUAAACUACAAUCAUUUAACAGUAGCUAGGGAUUUACAAAGAAAGUUAACAUGUUUAUCUUAUUUUUAUUUUUUCAAGGCAUGGAAAUAUGUGAUCAAUUGUUUUUACUUAAAUCAUUUUUUAUUUUUCAAUUACAGUUGGCAUAUAUUAUUAUAUUAGAUUUAGCUGUAUACCUCAUUAGACAUUAUAUAACUUAAUACGUUAUCAUCCUAAUAAAUAUUGUACCCAUCUGCCAGCAUACAAGUUACCGGACUGUCACUGACUGCACUCUCCAUGCGGCACUUACGUCCCCGUCACUGUUACAUCUGUAACAGCCGAUUCGGACUUCCCGUCCCUCCCCACUUUCCCACCCGCCCUGCCCCCUCCCCUCCGGCGGCCAUCCUGUUCUCCGCACCCGUGACUCUGUUUCUGUUCUGCGUGUUCGUGUGUUUUGUUUUUCGGAUUCAGUUUUUGAUGGGUACGUAUUUACUGUCAUUUUAUUGCUCGUGUUUUUCUUUCUAUUUUAUUUUGUGAUUGUUCAUAUUUCUUUUCUUAAAGAAGACCAAAGAAACAAAAACAGAACAACUGUACAACCAAGAAUGUAAUGGCAGGCUUAAGCCCUUACGUAGCCAUAAUACGUCACAUUAAACGUGAAUGAUCCAAAAUCAACAAGUAAAAGAGAUUGGCAGAGAGAAAUGUGAAAACAUAACCCUACUGUUGCUGUCUGCAGGAAACUAAAAAAACAACAGUAGAGGCAGGCAGAAAAUAAAAAAUGGAGAAAGGUGUAUUGUGGACCUUAGUCAAAGGAAAGCAGAAAUGGUGGUUACAGCAGGUAAAAUAGACUGUAGAUCAAAGGUAAUGAGUUUAGAUCAGAGACAGAGGAACAGUAUAUAACAGCUAAAAAGAGUCCACCGAGAAGACAGAGAGCUUUACUGUGCACGCUAUACACGGGAGCAAACAGCCAAGACAUGUGAGGCAAAGCUUGCAGAACCAAAAAGAAAAUCAGACAUGUUACAGCUGAAGACUUCAAUACUCCUUUGUCAACAAGUGUUUUUUUUAAAAAGACACAAAAAAUCAGCAAAAAAAGAGAAAACUGCACCGUCAGCCAAUGGAAUCUAUGGGCAUUUAUAGAAAAAUCCACCCGACGGCAGCAGAACAUGCAUUCAGACGCGCCUGGAACAGCUGUCCACACAGACUGUCUCGGGCCAGAAGACACGUCAACAUGUGUGAAGGAACUAAAGUCACAGGCAGAGUGGGCUCUCCGGCCGCAGCGGGAUCAGCCUGGAAAACAGCAGAAACGUAGCAGGAAGAUCUGCGUCCAAACCCUUGGAAAGUACGCGUCACAUUGCUAAGUAAUCCAUUUAGUCUCGAGUGAAAUUUUAAAGACACGCUGAACUGCCCUGGCCGGGUGUCUCAGUUAGCAGGAGUGUCGUCCUGCAACCAAAGUGUUGUGGGUUCGAUCCCCAGUCAGGGCACCAGUGGGAGGCAGCCGACCCAUGUUCCUCCCUCCCUCCCUCCCUGAACUCGGUCUCAUCUAGUCCUUAAAGUGACGGCCUCAGUAAGAGACAGUGGAGCACAGGGCAGACGCCGUGUGCACUCGGAGAAGACGUGGGCACUUCGAGAGUGUCAGCUGUCUGCCUCCAGGUGGAACGUUGACUGCUCUCCGCUGAUGCCCACGUCACCUGGUCCACCCGCAUCGUCCACCGGGGAGCAUCGUCCAGCGAGAAAUCUCCAGCACAGAAGUCCCCAAACCACUUCUGACACGUUCAUUCGGUCACAGCCCCCUCUCCACACACUGCUUAUUCUUUUAGUGUGUUUGUUGCAUUUUUACCUUUCUUGAAAUAAUAGAGUGUGCUGUGCUGAAAAUGUUGCUUAUUUUCUUCCAUUUCAAUUUUUAAAUGGCUACAUAGAAAAUUCACCAAUUUUGAUACUUUCUUUAAUGCAUACUGAUGUGCCAGCCGUCACAAUACAGUCUAACAAAAUUGUUUCAAGUGGAGAAGAUAAAGGCACUAAGUACUACUAGAGCCUUGUACUGGGGGGAAAAAACCUUUUGGCCCAUCCACUACAUUUUUUAAUCCUCACCGUAGGUGUGUUGGUUGACUUCAGAGAGGAGGGGAGGGGGAGUGGCAGAGGGAGAAACUGGUCACAUACAUGUUCCAACCAGGGACUGGACCUGUGACCUAGGCUUGUGCCCUGACUGGGAAUUGAACCCCCAACCUUUUGGUGCGUGGGACGAAGCGCCAACCAACAGAGCCUGGCUGGCCAGAGCCUUCCUGAUGUUUUUAACCACAAACUCCACGUUCAUUCCACAGAUACCAGUGCUGAGUGGCAUCGUUGCAGGGGGCAGGGCUGGGGUUGCAGUAGCAGUCCAAACCAGCCCCCUCCCAGAGACCGGCAAAACAAACACAGCAGCUACAUGAUUCCACUCAGCGGGGAAAACUAAACAAUGAGAUUUAGAGAACAACUGGAUCGAGGGCAGUUUUUUCUUAUUUUUCCCCCCAAGCAGUCUCCCACCCCACAGCCCCAGUUUCUUCCAAAGAUACCGGUUUUCUCCCGUCCUCGAGUCAGGAUCCCUGCAGGUUUUUGCUCGUUCUGCCAAGUUCUGUAGGUUCUCCCUUCGAAAGGCCCACAGGCUGCGUCCCCUCUGGCCUCGUCUGGCGUCCCUGGCCCAUGGUGGCCUGGCCCGACGGAUCCCCUGCCUGCGAGCUCUUUCGGCUCCUCUUCCCCCACCCUUCUACGGUACAGCCCGCACAUUUCCCUCCUUAAUUAUCGUUAGCCACGUCCCACUCUGCUCGUGUUCCAGUUCAAGUUCGGAAAGACCUGGGCCGCAGCAUCUCAAGGACCAGAGUUCGAAUUCUGAGUCAGACCCUGCAGGGUGGUGCCUUAAACUUCUGGCUGCUCAGCUGUUAAAAGGGAUGGGCCCCUUCCUGUAGGAAGACGUCGUGAGGAGGUGAGGCUGAAUGAGGGAGGCCUGCUCCAGUGCAGGGGACACCACCAGCAGGGGACACCGCAGAGGGACAGCCGCCGCCCUGCCUUCCCCAGUGUCCGGUGUCCAGCACCCCCCCCCCCCGCCACCGUCCUGUUCUUGGAUCCGGUCUCUCAGGGGCACCUUCGGAAGCUGCAGGGGAAGCGCAUCUGGAGCUCGGAGGGCGCGCAGGUGGUGCCCAGGUGCGACGACCUUGGACUCUGGUGCUCUUGAGACUGGAGCCAGCCAGUCCGUUUCGGGGUCAGGAGAACGUGCACCCGCUUCCCAGCCUGCGUCGGUCACAGCAGGUCCCCGAAGAGGAGGAAGACCCAGGACAUCCAUGGGGGGUGCCUCGCCUCCUUCCCUGAGGGCCUGUGGGCCGUGAGGGGUGCUCGCCCAGCCCCCGCGCGCCCCGCACCCCCACCGCCCACCCCCGAUGCACCCCAGCACCCCCAUCGGCUCCCUCUUCUCCUUCACCAGCCCGGCCGUGAAGAGGCUGCUGGGCUGGAAGCAAGGAGAUGAGGAGGAGAAGUGGGCGGAGAAGGCGGUGGACUCGCUGGUGAAGAAGCUGAAGAAGAAGAGAGGGGCCAUGGAGGAGCUGGAGCGCGCCCUCAGCUGCCCGGGGCAGCCCAGCCGGUGCGUCACCAUCCCCCGGUCCCUGGACGGGCGGCUGCAGGUGUCGCACCGCAAGGGCCUGCCGCACGUCAUCUACUGCCGCGUGUGGCGCUGGCCCGACCUGCAGUCCCACCACGAGCUGAAGGCGCUGGACUGCUGCGAGUUCCCCUUCGGCUCCAAGCAGAAGGAGGUGUGCAUCAACCCUUACCACUACCGCCGCGUGGAGACCCCUGUGCUGCCGCCGGUGCUGGUGCCGCGGCACAGCGAGUACAACGCGCAGCUGAGCCUGCUGGCCAAGUUCCGCAGCGCCUCCCUGCACAGCGAGCCCCUGCUGCCGCACAACGCCACCUACCCCGACUCCUUCCAGCAGCCGCCCUGCAUCGCGGGCCCGCCCUCGCCCGGGCCGCCGUUCCCACCGUCCCCGUGCGCCGCCGGCUUCCCGCAGUCCCCCGGGAGCCCCUCGGAGCCCGGCAGCCCGUACUCGCACUCAGACCUCCGGCCCGUCUGCUACGAGGAGCCGCAGCACUGGUGCUCCGUGGCCUACUACGAGCUGAACAGCCGCGUCGGGGAGACCUUCCAGGCCGCCUCGCGCAGCGUGCUGGUCGAUGGGUUCACCGACCCGUGCAGCAGCCGGAGCCGGUUCUGCCUGGGGCUGCUCUCCAACGUGAACAGGAACUCCACCAUCGAGAAUACCCGACGGCACAUCGGCAAGGGUGUGCACCUGUACUACGUCGGGGGCGAGGUCUACGCCGAGUGCGUGAGCGACAGCAGCAUCUUCGUGCAGAGCCGCAACUGCAACUACCAGCACGGCUUCCACCCCGCCACGGUCUGCAAGAUCCCCAGCGGCUGCAGCCUGAAGAUCUUCAACAACCAGCUCUUCGCCCAGCUGCUGGCGCAGUCCGUCCACCACGGCUUCGAGGUCGUGUACGAGCUGACGAAGAUGUGCACCAUCCGCCUGAGCUUCGUGAAGGGUUGGGGCGCCGAGUACCACCGCCAGGACGUCACGAGCACGCCCUGCUGGAUCGAGAUCCACCUGCAUGGGCCGCUGCAGUGGCUGGACAAGGUGCUGACCCAGAUGGGCUCCCCGCACAACCCCAUCUCCUCCGUGUCUUAACAGCCGCCCCCACCCGCGGCCGCUGCAGGCCGCGGCUGCCCGACCACGGAGGCGAGGCUGGCAGGCGGCCGAGCACGUGUGUCGGCCCUGCGCACAACACGAACUGCUCACGACUUGUCACCGCUGCUUUGGGGCUCGCUAGUUAACCGGACGCCAGCACAGCGCGGUUGGAAAGGAGGUGCUUCGGCCCGUGCCGGUGGGAGACGCGGCGCUGCCUGUGCGGGCGGAGCCGAAGGAGGCCGCCCGGUCCACAGGGUGCGGAGGGCGUUUGCGGGGCGCAGGGCGGAAGAGGCGCGGUGGGUGGCCUGCCAGGGACGCGCGAGGACCGUUC